UCUGUUUUUGUACGGUACCACUAAUGUACUUUUUGACUGUAUCUUUUACUGAUAAUUGCUCUGCAGAAUAGAAAUGUUGUCCAUCCAAACAAGUUUGUGGGAAUUUAAAAACAAAGGUCUACUGAUUUACACUUCAUUAUCAAUAUGACAAAUGCCAUAUAUAUGAUCUACUGUGGUUGAAUAUUGGCCUUUCUAAUUUUGGGCUAGUCUUGCAGGAAUUUCUUAGAGACAGGAGUAAAGUUCAGAAGUUGGUUGAACUAUUUGACCCUGUGGUCUGAGCAGUUGAUGAAAUUGCUGGAGAGCGUGUUUCGAUGAGGGUUGAUUUGGAGUGUUCUGAUGGGCGGCAGACAUUAGCUUUAUUUAGUCAUAGACGACUCUCUGUUUUUGCCACAGCUGCAUUUGCUAUUGCUAUUCUUGAAGGAAGCAUGCAAGCAGGAGUUUGGUUUCCAGAAGAGAACAUUUUCUCCGGCGCCUCUCAGAUUACAUAUUCAUUCUCUCCAUGCAGCCUGAAGGAAUCGCGAUUGAGUUUUCCUUACUCCUACUUUCAACGGGCCUCCAUGGAUGGUGGAAACAGAUCCCAAAGAGCUUGUUUUAGGAAUGUAUCUAUAGAAACUCUCACCAGAGGAGCGAUCAGAAAAAAAAAAACACCGCUAACAGAUUGAAUAUGCAUAAGGUUGGUUGCAUGGAAGAUGGUAUAUAUACGCUCUUUCUAUGAAGAUUUUUUGUUUGGAUAUAUGUUUCUAUGAAGACUCCUCUUUUGGAUGAAGGUCCGAGUCUUCUUUUUUGGAUAUAUGCUGCUAUGAAGACUCAUUUUUUGGAUGAAGUUCCAAGUCUUCUUUUCUGGAUACAUGCUUCUAUGAACUCUUUUUUUGGUUGAAGUUCUGAGUCUUCUUUUUUCAUUUUAAUGAUGCUACGGAACUAUGAUGAACAUAUAUGGUAUAUAUUGUCUACCUUUCAUAUUUUUGUCAUAGGAACAUUGAUGCUUUAGAUCCUAUGGUUGAAUGGACACAUUUGGUGUAGAUUACAUAGUUCUUGUGGUUAAUGGGAUGUCUAGUUUGGUUCA